CGUACCAUAUAUAGAAGAAUAGUUCGAACUUCGAAGUCCAAAACGCAUUAACACUAGUUGUGCAAAAUUACUUGGUCAUCGAUCAGAACUGAUUAGAAAUGGAUGAGAGAGGCAAGAAAGUAGUCGUCAUCCCGGAAGUAGUACUGAAUUCCGGGAAGAAGAUGCCGGUGCUAGGCUUUGGCACCGGAGUUUUCGGGAGUCCUCCACCGGCUCAAACCCUGGCUCGUAUUCUCCUUGACGCCAUUGAGCUUGGCUACCGUCACUUUGACACUGCUGCUCUCUAUGGAACCGAAGAAGCCGUAGGUCUCGCCAUCACCCAAGCCCUAGACCGAGGUCUCAUCAAGACUCGCGAUGAGUUGUUCAUCACUUCCAAGCUCUGGUGCACUGACGCCCAUCAUGAUCUUGUUCUCCCAGCUCUCAAAUUGACACUACAGAGGCUGGGAUUGGAGUAUGUGGAUCUAUACCUGAUUCAUUGGCCGGUGAGGAUGAAACAAGGAACUCCGGCAGUACCAAAUUCGAAAGAGGACUUGCUUCCCUUUGAUAUAAUGGGGACAUGGGAGGCGAUGGAAGAGUGCUACAGGCUGGGAUUGGCCAAGUCUAUUGGCGUCAGCAACUUUGGUACCAAAAAGCUCUCUCAAAUCCUUGACAACGGGACCAUCCCUCCAGCGGUCAAUCAGGUGGAAAUGAACCCGUCCUGGCAGCAAGGAAAUCUGCGAGACUUCUGUAAAGGGAAAGGAAUUCAUGUGACUGCAUGGUCUCCCUUGGGGUUUUAUGGAGCUACCAGCUGGGCUCCAAAACCCUGGAUAGACUAUGCCAUCAUUAAGGACAUCGCUGCUGCAAAGGGGAAGAGUGUACCACAGGUUAUACUGAGAUCCAUCAUCCAACAAGGAGAGGUGAGUGCAAUUUCGAGGAGUUUCAACAAGGAGAGGAUGAAGGAUAAUGCUCAAAUAUUUGAUUGGGAGCUAAGUGAGGAUGAAAUGAACAAGAUCAAGGAAAUUCCCCAGCGCAGGCUGGGUGUAGGAGACUUCUUCGUUUCCGACGACAGUCAAUACAAAUCCGUCGACGACCUUUGGGAUGGCAACCCCUAAACAUUUCUUCCAUAUAUGCAUUCGUCACGAAAUGUUCAGAGGAUUCUAAUCCUAUCUAUAUGGAUGGAGCAAUGGCAAGACUUUGAUCUUUAAAUAACCAAGUUAUGUCCUCUCUGAGACUCUUUAAAGAGCAAUACGUGUUUAUUUCCAGAAGUGUAUUAUUGUAACAACGCUGAUUCAAACAUGUUUGACUAUACUAUUGGCCAAUCAAACGCAUAUUUACCAUCACAA